UUUCCCCCUUCUCUCUCUUCAAAAAGCCUGACUUACUUUCAAAGUUAUUUCUUCAAAUGGAGAAAGACCUGUAAAAUUUCUUUCUUGAGGUAAUGGCGGACCAAAUUGCCCUUACAACUCCUGUAAAAGUACCAACCUACCACCUUACUUUCUAGAUUCCGUCAACAAACCGUCAAAGAUCCCCUCCGCCACCGCCACCGCCACCGCCACCGCCACCGCCAGAGCCAGAGGCUUACGUUCGUUUUUCUCCGGCGACGAUAUUCUUGGAUCACUUUCUUUCAUCAUCCUUGAGAUAUAUAUGUAUAGUGUUGUAAGUAUGGAUUAAACGUGUACAUUGAAAUUGUUUGUGGAGUAAUGGAUUUGGUUGAAGGAGUCGGUGAGAGUUCUUCACCGCCUAAGAGUUUUGGAAGUUUUAGCGCCUAUGCGAUAGCGAAUGAUGUGUAUAAUCGGUUAAUGGAGAUUGGCAACGAGGAAGCUACUGCUCAUCCUGAAUUUCGUGAUCGAUUGGAAGCUCACUUCAAUAGGUUACCUGCUAGUUAUGCACUGGAUAUCAACUUGGAUAGAGUGGAAGACGUAUUGCUACAUCAGAAGCUCCUUCUCUCAGCGAAGGAUCCUGAGAAUCUGCCUGUUUUCCAUGUCCGCUUUUUGGAGAACUUCUGGACUCGAGCAGAUGGUGAUGAAGACCAACAAGAUGUAACUGUGGGAAUUGCGUUAUCACAUGCCAGGAACCAUGAGAUGGAUUUUGAACCUUGCUCGAAACUCGAGGAUCUAAACUUAGAGGUCAGAAGAAAUUCUCUUGACAAUGACAAAGAGAAUCUUGAAGGGGACUCUUUCAGAAGGCAGGAUGAUCUCCAUGUGCCAAUCCACGAAGUGAUAUUUUCAGCUGUUGACAAGCCUAAGCUCCUUAGUCAGCUUUCAGCUUUGCUUUCUGACAUAGGACUGAACAUACGUGAAGCACAUGUGUUUUCAACAACUGAUGGCUAUUCUUUGGAUGUGUUUGUGGUUGAUGGAUGGCCUCUUCAGGAAACACAGGCUUUACAUGCAGCAAUGGAGAGAGCAAUUGCGAGGAGCGAGGGUUCAUGGCCUGGCUCUUCACGUUCAAAAUCAACCAUAGAGAGAGCACUUGCUGCUCAAGCCAAUUUUGUAGAUACGGAGGUAGAUAUAAGAUUACUGAAGAUAGGGGAAAAAAUCGAUUCUGGAUCUUGUGGCGAUUUGCACCGUGGAGUGUAUGUUGGUCAGGAUGUUGCUGUGAAGAUUCUUAGAUCUGAACACCUAAAUGAAGCAUUGGAGGAUGAAUUUUCUCAUGAAGUAACUAUUCUCAGGGAGGUCCAACAUAGAAAUGUCGUUCGUUUUAUUGGUGCUUGCACAAAACAACCUCACCUGUGCAUAAUAACAGAAUACAUGCCUGGAGGCAGCCUAUAUGAAUAUUUGCAUAAGAACCAUCGCACCUUGACGCUUCCCCAGUUGGUGCAGUUUGCGAUAGAUGUUUGUAGAGGAAUGGAGUACUUGCAUAAGAGCAAUAUCAUUCAUAGGGAUCUGAAGACUGCAAACUUGCUUAUGGACAGUCAUAAUGUUGUAAAGGUGGCUGAUUUUGGGUUAGCUCGCUUUCAGAAUCAAGAGGGAGUUAUGACAGCAGAGACAGGAACAUAUAGAUGGAUGGCUCCCGAGGUUAUAAAUCAUCAACCAUAUGAUCAGAAAGCCGAUGUUUUCAGUUUCGCGAUUGUUCUGUGGGAGCUUGUGACAGCCAAGAUUCCUUAUGAUAACAUGACACCGUUGCAAGCAGCCUUGGGAGUAAGACAGGGGCGUCGGCCAGAUCUUCCCACAAAUACACACCCAAAGCUGUUGGAGUUUAAUAGAGUUUAA